CAUUUCUAUGUUAUUAGAAACCUUUUCAAAUUAUUCAAAUACAUUAGUUUGAUUACAAUUGCUGUAAUAUGACAUAAUAAAUCUAUGUAAGAAGCGUUAUAUUUCGUCUAUUGUUUAUACAGUGAUUCUGAUGGCGGGAAUUGGAGUAGUAGAAGUGACGAUAAUAAUUGUUGGUAUCCUGGCAGUCAAGAGAUGUAGAAAGCAAAGGAGUUCUGUUAUGUUCUAUAGAAACAACACGACAAGACACGGUAAAGAAAAUGACGGUCGACCUGUCUCCAGAAAGACAGUCUGUAGUAUUGAUAACGUAUAUGCCACGAUUCCAGAGGAGGAAUUCGAUGAGAAUCCAUAUAAAGAUCUCUCUGAAGGGGUGUAUGAUACCACCUCGAAAAGGCGUUCUCAUGUUAAUGGUAGCUGGAACGAAUAUUCCAGAGGAAGUUUUUAUUCUCGUUUGUUUCGAAGUUCAAAAAUUAUCGAAAGAAGGUCAGUAGAGGAAAUGCAUCCAAUGUUUUCAACAUUCCGAGACACGAAAAAGGAAACAAAGUAAUUAGUUUCAUCUUGGACAACUGUUAGGGUGAACAAAGUAAAAAUUAAGAGGCUAAAAAAAAACAAGACUUUAAAAUUACUAUCAUAAAUUUGUACAUGCAUUUCUUAAAAAUAAGGUAGGGUUUCAGGAAAUAUAGUGCCCUGGUUUUCUUAUCAAAUCUAUGGAUGUGAUGUAAGAAAUUAAAACUUCGACUUUUUGAACUGUUGAAAUUCCAUGCAGAAGGAAUAUACAUAUCGUAUUUCUCAGAUGACCUACUAAGUACUUAUAGUGA